AGCAAAGAAGUAUGCGACGACGACGAGGAGGAGUUCUACUACACCGAAGUCGAGCUUGGUCUGACCAGUCCUCCUCCGACGUUGUCACAUCGUGACAUGGCUCGUCCGUUCCACGAGGACCCCGACUACCAGCGCCUCCUGGUGGGCAACAUGAGACAGAGUCUGCUGGCGCAAGCGGCGGCCAACGCGGGCAUAGGCGGAACUAUGACCCCGCAGUCGCCACAUAAGCUGCUCAAGCUCAGUCCAAGCCCCGGCAUCUCAAUGGUCCAUCCUCUGAGCCCGGCCAAAGCUCCGGUAUCGCCGCGUCGCGCUCGCGGCGAAAACAAAAAAUGCCGCAAAGUCUACGGAAUGGAGCACCGCGAGCAGUGGUGCACGCAGUGCAAGUGGAAAAAGGCCUGCUCGAGGUUCGGCGACUGACCGCAGGCGGCGCCACCAGUCGUCAUCCCCACCACUUCCUCCUGCUUGCCACCAUUACAGAAAUAGAUGGACGCCAUCUAGCGGUAUUGGCGGGAAUAAGUUUUUGAGUCGGUUCGAGGCGGUACCGUGUGGACGUCGCUAUUGGAGAUGGUUUCACAGACUUCGGGCGUCUCAUAUAGAGGGUGUUGUAGAAUGUUGCCAGGAUUCAAGAUAAACAACAUGAAAAAAAUUAUAUCAAUUUUUUUCAUAUUUUAAGCUAUUUAUUCCUGGCAACAUUUUGUAAUACCCUGUAUAUCAUAGAGAUAACUGGAGAUUGUGAAACCUGAGUUCAGAGGCCAUGAUGUGGGUCUACAAAGUAUGAGUAGCGUAUUUUUUCAAUGAAUAUUGUCCGAGAAUAGAAUUCCUGCCAUUCAUCGCGAUAUAACCUAAACGUAUAGUAAAUUUGACAAAAACGAAACGACAAGAUGUGGUUGUACAAUUCGUCCUAUUCCCAGAUAAUAUCACUUGAUAAAGAACUAUACUUAUUCAUUUGCAAACUCAACUUCUAGAGACUGGCCCCGUAUCAAAAAGUAUCUAUUUAAUCAUACGACCAAAUACGAAUCAAAUUGAAAAUAACUUUCGUGGUUAGAAAGUACGUCUAUAAUAUUUAACAUAAAAACUAUAAUAUAUAUCAAGUAAUAAUUUCAGUACCGUGGAAAUUCAACUGCGCUAUUUUGCAGUAUCAUUCCUUUGCCAAAUCACAUGCUUGUGAAAAUUCUAGAAUAUAUUUUUGUAAAUGUGUGAUUUGAUAAUUAAGUUUAAAAGACGCGAGAAGCAAACCCAACAUCUAUUUUUAAUAUCGAUGUUUUAAUUUUUAACUUCGACAGAAAUUUUAUUUUUCUAUUGUGGAGACGUGAAUAUUUUUAAAAGUGAGAUGUAUAUUUUUAUAUUUAUUUUAGCUAAAAAUAUCCAAAGCCGGUGUUUUGGGCAUUUUUUAGUUGGCGUUUUUAUUUAGUCUGUGAUAUCUAUGUUAGAGUCUUUGAGUGCAAGAUCUCACGAAAUUGAGAGCAAUAUAUCCGUAAAUUAAAAUAUUAUGUCCCGGAAUUAUUGGUCCAAACAUUAUUGCAUCAGUUAAAAAUCACAAAAGGAAGCAUUAAAAACAUUUUCUUGGCAAUACUAUAAAUUUUGUGAUGUUUUGUAUUGAUGAAAGACAGUAUAUAUAUUUUCGUACCUGUUUCGUACGAUAUCCACACUGCCACUUGAAUUGACUCAAAUGACCUCAAUAAGGCGGUGUAGAGUGUCCAAUUUUCUACCCUAACCUCUUUUGAAAGCAUUCCGUAUAUAAAAAACAAGAGCCUAAAUAAUGUCGAUUUUUAUACGAACCUGCUACAUACCAUUCUCAUAUAAUUGGAUGCCUGCUACCGCCAUCUAGUGGACAGAAGCGUUGCAACGUUACAAGUCAUCCAAAAUGUGUUCUUAUAAUACAAAUGGGCAAUUGGCCCAAGAACAUUGGACAAAUGAAGAUAGUUCGACCAGGCUACAAUACAACUGGCAACUGCUUGCAAAAGUGGGGUUAUCCAAGAUGCUAACCUGUCAACAAAGAGUAGAACAGUGUUGCCCGGUCUACCGAUUUUAGCCCUAUUCUACCGAUCUACCGAUUUUAGCCCUAAUCUACAGAUCUACCGAUUUUAAUACCAAAAUAUCAUAAAUAGUAUAUUUCUGAUAUAAUUCUAUGAGGAUUGGAGCACUUUGCAUUUUGCCAGGUUGUCAGUUGCUGUAGGGUCAAAAUAGUAGCUUGUUGGAAAUAUUUCCGUAUGUCCAAAAAUGUUGUUGGGCUACUUGGGCGUGUCAGAAAUGCAAUCUGUCACGUCCAGAUCUCACACCAUUUUUUGAAGAAGUACAAUUUAUUAAUAUACGAUAUUUUUAUGAUCGAAGAUCAACAGAAUCAAAUUCGAGCUAUGUCUGUGUUCUCCGUGUAGUUAUAUUUACUCAAUAUAUUUUUUAGAGGCUUCGUUAUGUUUGGUCGGAAUAUUCACAAUAUAUCUCUGAUAGGCAUACGAGAGUAUACACAUUUUUAGGAUGAUGGCAGAUCUUGAAAUUUUAGGUACCUAUUUCGUUAUUUUUUUUCUGUUUUGAUCGUAUCAAUAUUGAAAUUUAAUAAAAAAUAUUUCGACAGCUGGCUAAAGUCAACAGUCGUAAUCCUUGAGUUAUAGUAUUCAUCAAAAAAAUACGGUGUGUUGAAGUUUAAAAAUAAAAAAACAAUUUUUUUUAAUAUCUUCAAAACCGUCAAAUGGAAUGAACUAAAAUUUGAUAUGUGGAUUUGCCGAAGUAUUGUCCACAUUCAAAAGUAUUUACUUUAAAUUAAAGUGCACCAGUGGCGAAGAUACAGGAGAUUACUGGCAUUAUCUGUCCAAAUAAAAAUAGUACGCCACUAUUUUUUUUUCGAAACGCGCAAUUUUUCGAAUUUCACCUUCAAUUUGCUAGAAAUAAUUACUCUUGUGUUUUUUCCUAGAGUGCAUUGCUUUCGUAAAAAUGAAAAAAAAAACAAAUUAUAUAAUAAUCAAAGCUCAAGAACUCAAAAAUGUAACAUAGAAACUUUUGACUUUUACAAAAAAAAAAUGGUAGUAUAACGAUAACAACCGUAUAACACAUAACUUUGACAAUCUGUCUCCCAAGAAACGUCAAGUUGGUAUCAAACCCUCCUAUUUUAUUUUUAUUUUCACGAAACCAAUACACUCUAGGAAAAAAAACGCAAGACUAAUUUGUAGCAAAUUGAAGGUAAAUUCACAAAUUUUAGUUCAAUCCAAUUGACGAUUUAGAGGAUAUUAUUUUUUUUUAUUUUUCAGCUUUAACACCUCGAAGAAAAAAUGUUACAUAGAAGACCCCCCUUGAAAUGCGGUCCCGUGUAUGCACUUUAAUUUUUGGUCACCACUUGUGAAUCACCCUGUAUAUAUCUUGCCCUUUUGAUCGAUAACUGAUAGAGUGCUUUAAUCUUCUGCUUCAUGUCGUUUUUUUCCGUAGUGAUUUUUGUGUUAUACAGUAUUCUUAAGUGUAAUUGUUAAACUAGAAAUUCAAAAUGAGUAAUUGCUUAACUUACUAUUGAUUUGAUUUUGCUCAAUUUAAGUACAAAAAUACCAUCCAUUUUAUAUAUGUUUAUAACGAUUAAGUGACUGAUGCUAGAAGCACUGUAGUUGAGUUGCUGACAGAUCAAGACAUGCUGUCGCCAUUUUUGAAAUGUUUUUACGUCUGAAUACAGUAAUAGGUACUUAAUAUUCACGAUUUUCGUUUCUGUGCAUAUACGUUGUACAUUUCUUUAGGCAAUUUUAUAUAGGUUUUUUUUGAGUAUUUUGUGUAUAUAUUUUCGCAUUUGUUAUUAAUAUUAUUGUUACCAAUGUUAUAUUAUUAAGUUUUUUAGUAUUUAAUGUUUUUCUGAUUGUUUUAGUAUUUCAUUUUAAGAUCGAAUGUGUAAUACGCUAGUACCUACCAUUUUAUGUUAUGAAAUUUGUAUUGAAUGUCGAUUUACUGCCAUUUUUAUCAGAAAAUUUUACCAGAAUUGCAAAAUUAUGCAAAAUACUUCACUUUGUAUAUAUUGUGUAUAUUCUGCAGGCAAAUAUUUUUGUAUUGACAAUGUUUUAAGACUUAAAAUACAUGUAUAUUGAAAAGUCCAACUGAAACGGUUUCAAAAACUGAAAUAAUAUAAAAAAGAUUUCGCAUUUUGCGACUAUAUAUACGGUUGUUGUUUUUUUAAGACAAAAAGCUUUUUAUAAUGAAAAAUACAGUGGUUUUCAAAGUUUCAGUUAGGGCUUGAAGACUGUAGUACUCGUAUUGUUGUUUAUGUUUUGACGCGAAGGAUUUUUUAACGAAAAAAAUCCAUAAAAAGCAAUCAAUUUUUUAUUUACACGAUACGAUUAAGAUGUAAUAUUUAAGGAACGUUAUAGAUGGUGUGUUCUUGUUGUCAUGUUGCCUAAGAUGAGAUUAUUCACUUAGAGUGUUAAACAUAAGAUGGUUAAUAAGGCUUAGGUAUGAACACCUCAGGAACAGGAAGACGUCCGCAAAAAAUCUAAAGCAAAGCAAUAUCUACAAAUUUACCUACAACGAUAAAUUAUUAUGAACUUAUUUUUUUUUAAAUUUGUGCGAUUCAGAAGGAAAGUCUGAGAUCUUCAGAAUAUUUUCAUCUACGCAGUGGCAACACUGUAUUUAUAUCAGCGUACGCCGACGUCAACGGUCAAUAGUCUAAUCAUAUUAGCAAAUUACCCCGAAAUAAAAGUCUGGUUUCAUGGACGCAUAAAAUGGGUACACAAAUUUUUGAGGGAGGUGUUUUGGGAUAAACAGUUAGAAAUUCUUAAAAACUACUUGCCCAAUCUACGCCAAUUUUUUUGUGGUUAUUUGGCAGUAUUAAUCCUACGAAUUUGAAGAAUUUUAAGUAUCUGCGAGAAACCAUCGUCGCAUCACCUGCAGUCUGCCUCGGUUUUCGGCCAUAACUUUUUUGCUAUUAGUCGGUUUUUUGCGCGUGGUCUCAUUUUGUAGGUCUCAUAAAUACCUAAAAAUCUUAUAUGAAGAGUUUUUUCAUUUGAAUCCCUGAAAACACGUUUUCUCGUUCUUUGUUGUCGAACAAAAAGUUUGGUGUACCCAUUUUAUGCCCUUGAACAUUGAACAACUUGCAGCAAUAAGACUUUACAAUUAUUUCGCAAACCAGGGGUAUUUUCGUCUAAUAUGAUUAUGAAGAGUACUUGUAAUGAAGUUUCAGGCUCCAUGGGUUCAGAAAAGGGAUGUUCUAGAAUGAGAAUUAUUCUUCAAACUUCAAAAAAUCACCUCAAAUUCCAAAAAUGCGUUAUUAAAAUUGGUCUUUUUCCUACGUUUUUAUUCUGGUAUUUUAUAUGAGUACCCGAAUCCUAUAUAUGGUAAAUUUGUAGAGAACUCGACCAUAACUAUUUUUAAUCAUAUGAGAUAGUAAAAAAUUGCGGCACGUCCUCUAACAUCCUAGGUACCCGCUAAAGAAGAAUCUUAAAGCGUGCGAUAUUUUUAUUGUAACGAUAUAGAUAAGCAAGUGUAUAUCACCAGGAUCUCAGAGCCAAAAGUGCAGAAAAGAAAAUGUAAAAUACGCUCGCGCUACCUAACUUACCUUUGAAAAUAGCACAACUAAUAUUGUUUUAGUUGUUAUUCGAGCCAUGUUUUGUUAUUUACCAUUUCUACUAAAUUGUAUUCUUUUCUUGAGUUCAUUAAUGCUACAUCUUUGUACAUCUACCUGCCAGUAUCUAACCAACUGAUUUUUCUGUUGAUACAUUCCUCUUGCUGUCAAAAAUACGACCUCUUUUCAAGAGAAUAGUGAAUCGGAGCCUCAAGAACUCAGUGAUACCUAUUUGUGACUCUCCUGGUACAUUUUGGGAAAAACGACAAGCCAAUUUUGAUUUCUAGGGAGACGUCUUUCCGUCUACAGCCGUACAAUACAGGCUGAUCCAAAAAUAAGAUAUUGCAUUACACCUUAGAUUUUUAAAUGGAAAAUCUCUUUUUUAAUAUUUAGAUUCUCCACCAAGUUUUUAGUAACUUUUGUGUAAUAAAGUUUAUAACUGUCUUCAAUCGUCGUGAAGGUAUUUGAGCUUAUAAUAAAAUUCUAGAAAUUCUAAUAAUAAGGGAUUAUGUCAUAAAAAUAAUAAUCAAUAUAGUUCCCAUGGUAACAAGACUUUACUUUAAAAUUAAAAACACGUUUCCGAGUAUUAAAAAAACAAAAAACACGCACAUGAAAGUUGCAGUACAAAUUAAUGUAAUCUAUCAAAAUCGUAUUCAUUAGGCUCAUGGACAAGUUUUAUCUUUUACGAGAAUACAAAAGUUACUAUAAACUUCAUGGAAAAUCUUAAAAUUAAAAAAAAAAUGGGGGUUCCAUUUAAAAAUCUAAAGUGCAAUGCAAUAUCUUAUUUUUGGAUCACCCUGUAUUCUACGGCCACAGAUGAGAGAUUUUGAAAAUAUUCAAUGGUUUUAGAAUUCCUAGUGUCCGAUUUUGGAAAAUUCGAUGAUACUGAAAAUUCAAAAACGUUGAACGCUUUGAGAUUUUUUUCAGAAUCUUAUUAUUAAAUACAGCUUACAACCAUGAACAGCUGUUUCAUGCUAUUUCGCAACUCCUCAGGUCUGCUAACGGAUGGCACUUUGUCCUUUAUUAUUUCGUUAAAACUUUAUAUUAUUUUGAAAAUUUAGAAUCCUUAGAAUUUUUGAAUAUUUUCAAAUCAUUGAAAAUUAUUUUCAUAAUUUUGAAAACUUUUGCAGCCUACUGUGAAAAUGUAAAAUAUCCACUUGAGGAUCAGCCAUAAAUGCGGACCUAGUGACUAGAUGAUUCAGGCUAUUCUCUGAUUUUACUUGUAUUCGUAAUUGUUGAAAAGAGAGUUGAUACCAUAUGAGGGAGGUGCUUCUUGCCAUAACAUACACAAAAUGUCUUGAGGAAUGUAUAAGACUCAACUAUCUCAAUAUCAUGAUAAAUUGUAAAUAUUUCUUACAUUUAUAAGGAUUUCGAGCACUUCUAAAACUCCUUCAACGUGUAUUCGUUUCAUUUUACCUCUAAGUCUUUCAUUUAAGUUAUUGAAAAUCUACCUUCGUAUAUUUUUUUCUUUAGGAUUAGGUAUAUAUUAUUAUAUUUUACAGAGUAUUCAUAUACAUAUAUUUGUAAUUUUUAGUUUAUCCCAUGUAAAAAAUUAUGGCAUUCUAGGUGAUAAGAAUAUUUUAUAGAGAAGAAGAAAGUGAGAGAGAGAGUAUAUUAUAUAUUAUAUUUAGGCGAGGAUCAUAUUGCAAAUGAUUUUCUCCUUUUUGUUUGUUUGUUCGUUUGGAUGAGAGUUUAAAAUUCGUCAAAUUUAAUAAUAAAAAUUAUACCUAACCAUUUAAAUUGAAGUUUCAUUAAAAUACCUUGCGCAGGAAACUACCAGGAUCGCAGAAGCCCUUCGUAGCUCGCCUCCGAUUUCAAUGACCAUCUGGCAGAACUGUAUAUGGACGUUGAUUUGGGAAAGUCCUGUUCUAAUAAAUAUUUUUAUCAUUUAAGUUGAAUUUGAAUACCAAAAUCUGUAAAAUUGAUUCAUGAAAACUACCUGGAUCGAUAUAUUUUUUGUUCAGCUACUCUCCGAUAGAUGGCGCUGCAUAUAAAUAGCCAUCACAAGACCCAUCAUUUUGAAUGACUACCUGGAACAGCUGAAAAUUGGUCAGUAAACCUCGAGUUAUGGCAGGGGGAGGAUGCUUUGUUUUUUGAAUACAUAUAUUUGUAAUUUUUAGUUUAUCCCAUGUAAAAAAUUAUGGCAUUCUAGGUGAUAAGAAUAUUUUAUAGAGAAGAAGAAAGUGAGAGAGAGAGUAUAUUAUAUAUUAUAUUUAGGCGAGGAUCAUAUUGCAAAUGAUUUUCUCCUUUUUGUUUGUUUGUUCGUUUGGAUGAGAGUUUAAAAUUCGUCAAAUUUAAUAAUAAAAAUUAUACCUAACCAUUUAAAUUGAAGUUUCAUUAAAAUACCUUGCGCAGGAAACUACCAGGAUCGCAGAAGCCCUUCGUAGCUCGCCUCCGAUUUCAAUGACCAUCUGGCAGAACUGUAUAUGGACGUUGAUUUGGGAAAGUCCUGUUCUAAUAAAUAUUUUUAUCAUUUAAGUUGAAUUUGAAUACCAAAAUCUGUAAAAUUGAUUCAUGAAAACUACCUGGAUCGAUAUAUUUUUUGUUCAGCUACUCUCCGAUAGAUGGCGCUGCAUAUAAAUAGCCAUCACAAGACCCAUCAUUUUGAAUGACUACCUGGAACAGCUGAAAAUUGGUCAGUAAACCUCGAGUUAUGGCAGGGGGAGGAUGCUUUGUUUUUUG